CCUUCAAUAAACUUCAAACGGAAAUAAAUUUAUACGUAUAUAAAUCUGUAGUUGAUGGCUUUUUUUGUGUAAAAUGUUUAAAGGCGAACUUUUUGGCUAUUUGACCAUUCGUUAUCUAAUUAUCUUAACAAUGCGAGACAGCAUAGAUGCGGCGCCAAUAAAAUCAGGGCACAAACGUAAAAAUGUAAUCAAACCGGAACUAGCUUCAAGGGCCGACUUCUUAGCUCUAAUGCCAGAGUUAGAUAAGCCAAUAACAAAUGUAAUGGACUAUUUGACAACCCACGAACAGCUCCCAAAAAGGAAAAAAAAGCAACGGGUGCAUUUAGCUUCCCAAAGAAGGCGCGCAAAUAAAAAAAUACCGACGAUCAAAGCCAAGUCCAAUGAUCAGGAUUCAAGCUCCGUUAAUCCAAACGAAAAUUCCGAGAUAACCUUAGCCACACCAGGGUUUAUGGAACCAAGAGACUUUAUAAACUACAGAAUGAAAAUGCAUUCAUAUAUGAGAGCCUGGGGCCGAUACAAUCCAGAAAAAGAAAAUUUGGAAACCGUGUGCAUUGGUAGGUCGACUAUAUACAAUAUACCUAGAGUUGAAAAGUACUUGGAAGUCGAAAAUAUUAGGGAAACAGUUUGGCAUACGUUUGGCUAUGUUAAUUGGUUCAAAGCAAGUAUACUGUUUAUGGACUUGCGAAGCGAGUUAUUCACAAGAGGCAGAUCCGAAGAGUGUCACACAACUUUUCAAAAAAAUUGGCGAGGCUUCUUGGAGUGUUCCCUAAGACGUAACCAGCGAAUGGAAUACAUGAUUCCAAAAUAUCCGUUGCACCAAAUACCCUAUCAUCAUCAGACAAUUCUCAAAGAAAACACAAGAUUUAUAAGAUAACUAACUGGAAUACACAAUGCUUAUUGUAAAAUUAUAAAUAACUAGACAAAAAUCCCUCAAUAUAA